AUGUUAAUCAAUGAAAAAUCUUCAAAAGAGGCCGGUCAGGAGUUUCCAAUUUCAUUGGUUAGCCUAUUCUUAGAUCGUGUUGAAGUUACACAUGGAGCUGUCGGUGCACUGGAAACUCUAAUCAUCAAGUUCAUUCCUUUGAUAAAAGACCCUCUUGUAGCACAAGUACUGUCGCAAAAGAUUCAGCGUUUCUAUCAAAAUGCUUCCGUAAGCAGCAAGGAAGCGGAACCAGAAACCAAAACCCAGAAGACUGGGUCUAAAUCACGUGAUACCAAAGGCGACGAGGAUGACUUGAUGGAGUGGACUUGGACUUUAUUGGAUGAUGACGUCAACAGGGUCAUGAAAGAAAGUAAAGAAUUCACCUCUGACGUCAUUGAUGAUGUUAGAAUGAAUGAUUUGGAAGCAGGCAUUGGAAAAGAAUGCCAAGUAGAAAGGGAAGGAAAGCGUUGUGAAGGUGGCACAGAAAACCUCAGGAAUGAUGACAGUGCAAGUAGAAUCGAAAUUGAAAGUGAGACCCAAAAUAUGGGGAAUGGAAAAGUAAAAAGGGGAAAUAUCGAUAGUCACAAGAAUGAGAAUAGAGAGAAAAGCGAAGCGGAAAUUCAAGAAUAUAGCAAGGAUGGAAACAAACAAAGUCCUGAAAAAAGAGACAUUGACCCCCACAUUGAAAUUGACGAGGAAAUGAAAAGUAUUGAAGAGGAUGACGAUGUAUUUUCAACGUUAAUUCAGAAAGGAGAAUUUGCCGAACUAGAAAAGGUUCUGAAUUCUUCAUUAUCACGCAACAAGCGUCAAGAAGAAUUUCUAUUCAAGAUUACUUCAAUAUUACCAGGUUUAGAAAUGCACAUGCAGAAAGCGUUCGUAAGGUCUUGUUCGGACUGGCUAGUCAAAAUCAUGUACAAGCAUGUGUUCGAGCAGUGGUGCUAUAAAAAGUUUUCAGAUGCUUUACUCGCGUGUCUGAGUACAAUAAACCAGUCUCAUCCUGCAAUUUUUCGCCUGGUGCUCUUCAAGACAAUGAAUAAAGCUGAGGAGGCCAUGAUAAACUGUAGAAUCAGUAAAGAGAGAAGAUUACAAAUUAUACUUUGGAUGGUUGAUGUUAAGAAACUCUGUGCUCGUCUUGGCACCAACGACCUUUGGGACAAAGAAUUUUCCAGGCUGAUCCGAGCAGUGAAGAAGAAAAAGACACUGUUUAGUGCGCUUAUGUCAUGCGAAGAGCUGGCCCAAGGGAACUCCGUGGAAGAACCAACAGUCAUAAGUGAUUGAUUUAUUU